CAGAAUUUUAGUGUUUGUGAAUUUGAUAAUCGCGUCACACUCGAGCCAAUUGGAUCUUAAAAAUAUUACUCAUAAAGGGAAUUCCCUCUUCUUGAAAUUUCUCCUUAUUAUGUUCUAUGUUAAACAAACAGCGAAUCAAAUUCUAGUAUUUUGACAUUAGAAUCUGACAUUUUUGGGGAGUUUCAAGUUUGGAGCCGAGUUCGAAUUAAUCGAAUUUAGUUUACGUUGUUUAGUGGCAAAGAAGGACGAAGGAAUCUAAUAUUUUAGUAUUAAGACGUAGCCGGUGCUUCAAAAUUUUUCGUUAGAAAUGGCAGAAACAAAAAAACCGAUCGAAGAUUUAUUUGACAUUAAAAGAGAAGUGGAUUCAGUGGACGAUUUUGAACAUUUAGGACACGAUUCGAGUCCUUUACAGGAUUUGUUGGGUUUAAAACCAAACAAAGAGGUGACAGCACCAGGAACUGUCCAUGAAAUCGAUAUCACACCCAAAACCGCAGUGAGUCAUCACACCGGUUCUUCCGAUUUCUUGUCUAAUCCAAUAAUUCCAGAAAAAAUGAAUAGAAGUUUACUAGAAGACGAUUUCCUCGGCAAAGGAGAAGGGCCAGAUAAAUUGGAGAAUUUUCUACGCGAUUCUACCCCAAAUCCUAGCCCCGCAUUCGAUAUUGGGCACAGCAAACAGUCUUCCUUCAAUUUAAUAGAAGCAGAAAAAGUAAGUGAACCUUCCAAAAAAAUUGUUGAUGAAUUUUUGGAUUUUGAAGACCACAAACCGAUUCAUCCUAAAGAUGAGUUUAGAACUGAUGCCUUUGGUGAUAUCUUAGAAUCACAUCUACCUAGUAAACCAGCUACGACAGUUCCAGAAUUAAGUCCAGAAAUCCCACAUGAACCUGUAAAACAUGUAAUUGAUCCACCACCUUUUAUACCGCCUGUUGAAAAAAAACAAGAACCGGAGAAAAAACUGGACCUUGAGAAAAAACCAGAACCAGAAAAGACAACGAAAAAGGUGGAAGAAAAGAAACCUUCUGCAACUCAUGCUAAAAUUACGCCUCCAGAUGCAGCUGCAAUUUUCUGCAAAAUGGGUUUAGAUGCAUGGUUUAACCCAGAAAAAUUGGAUCCAAAAGUGGAAAGCCUAAUCUACUGGCGUGACCCCAAAAAAUCAGGUCCAGUCUUCGGCGGAGUUCUUGUCGUACUCCUAGCACUCACCUACUUCUCUCUCAUCAGCGUCGUGGCGUACCUCUCACUCAUCGGUCUCACAGUCACAGUAGCUUUUAGAAUUUACAAAAAUAUCGUACAAGCAGUACAAAAGACAGGCGACGGCCAUCCCUUCAAAGAUUUCUUGGAAUUAGACGUUUCGUUGCCACAAGAAAAAGUUAAGGAAAUCACUGAAGUAGCUGUUGCACACAUCAAUGCCGGUGUCGUAGAACUCAGGAGAUUGUUCUUAGUCGAAGAUUUGGUUGAUUCCAUCAAGUUUGGAGUUUUAUUAUGGACUCUCACAUAUGUUGGUGCAUGGUUCAAUGGAAUGACUCUGAUUAUUCUUGCUUGGGUUGCACUUUUCACUCUUCCAAAGGUAUAUGAAGCAAACAAGACUCAAAUCGAUGCCAAUUUGGAAAUCGUUAGGACAAAAUUGGCUGAUAUCACAUCAAAGAUAAAAGCGGCAAUACCAAUGGGUAAGAAGACCGAAGAAAAGAAGGAGCAAUAGAUAAUAUAUUUACAAUAUCUAAUAAACCUAAGUUAAAAAAAAGAUCAGACUAUAUGUACUAUAAAUUUUUUAUUUAUUGUUGUUUCUUUAUUCCAUUCUAAACGUACGUAUGUAUUUUUUUCUGAAUAUAAUUAGUGUACAUAUAUAAGAUGUUAUUUUAAUCCUUUUUUUUAUUUUGUUUUUGAUGUUGUGUUUUUUGUAAUACAUGGAAUUCAAUUAAAAAAAAAAUGUAUUACAAAAGAUAAUUUAUUAUUAAAAAGAAUGUACUAAACAUAGUUAUUUGCUUUAAUUUUUGUUUCUUUUGUUGGGUGAUUUUCUAGGUAGGUAUAUCGUAAUUAUUACUAAUGGCAUGCAUUAAAUGUCAAUUUUGCUCGAGAUUAAUAAAAUUGAAAGAAUUGCGUUGACGAUUCUAAAAAGUUGUUGAUUUGCUUUUUUUGUUUCAAAUGUGAAAUGAGCAAUUUUGACAACUAACACGUGUCUAUUACUAGGUUCUUUUGUUUUUCUUCUAUUGACAGGUGACACUAGACAUGUCAAUACUUGUUAGCAUAAAUUGCUUGAAAUGAGUGAAUAAAAACGAUGUUAAAAGUAAGUUGGUUAAGGUUUAAAUGCUUUUGAAGCUGAAACCUAAAAAGUAAAAUGGUAGAUAGUUGGAGAAUGUUCUGAAAACGUUCGUUGUAGUUAUAACGCUUAUAAAAAGAGGGUGAUGGGUACUCUAAUAUAAUAAGGCCCAGGGUUUUUUUUUUAAUCAAUAUAAUUAUUUAAAAAUUAAUUCCAAAUACCCGAAGGUCGUUCACUAUUUGGUUCUAAUUAACAAUGCCGUUUCUAAAGUGAUAUAGGAAAACGGUAACAAAGCUCGCAAAUGUCGACACCAAGAUUAAAAAAUUGUGAAAUAAAUACGAACAUAAUCUGCAACAUGUGGAAAAAGAAGAGAACCUAGACAAAGUGUUUUUUCUCAAAUCAUAUUUAAAAAUAUUACCUUUUAUAUAAUAAUUUAUACCAGUUUUUUAGUGUUUGCAAAUACAUUAUCAGUCAUAAAUCCUUUCAACAUUGAGCUGACGAAAUAGUUAUAAAUUAUAUUUAAGUGUUAUAUUUUGAGUUGACUUAAUGUUCAAGGGUGGUGACAGUUAUGUGACAAUGUGUCUGUCUAUAUAUGUGUUGCUGUAGUUGAGUGAGCACGCAAAUUUAUUAAAUCAUAAACGUUGAUUUUUCUGUUAAUAAUUCAUAGUAAUUGUUUAAAAAAAUAUUGUUCUUAUUGACAUGUUUAUGAAACACGAAUAUUAACGUUAUCUAUAAUUGAGUAAUUUUUAUUAUAUUGAAAAUUUUUAAUAUUGAUUUCGAGAUUCGUUAAAACGUUGAAAUAGUCUGAGAUCCAAAUACAGAAAUGAUUGAAAGUUUGUAGAAUUUUAGUAUGUUGGGCUAUUGAUUUUGGUUCAAAUGAAGACCACUGUUUUCACUAGAAUUUAUUUUGAUGGAGGCCGUGGAAAUAAAUCCAAAUAAAUACGUUAUUAUAUUCCAUCCAAGCUCCGUUUGCUUAAUGGUCACGUGAUUAAAAAAUCUUGCUCUGUUCCAGGAGGCACCUUUCCCUUGCACUGUCUACCCAAAAUCUGGUCCCAAUGUAGUCCAGACCAAACCAUCGAACGAUUAAGGUAUGCCAGUCUUUCAAGAAAAUAAAACAGGUUAGAAAGUGUUUCAAACAGUCCCUUCUCAUCAUCCAACCUCCAUUACAAUUUUAUUUAGUUGUUUAGUUUUUCGACGAUCGCUAUGGUGUAUUUCAAAAUGGACUCUACCGUAUUAUGACACACCUUUUUUCAUAGAAAAAUGGACUCAAAUUUUGGGUGCGUCUUGUGGUCCGAAGGUAACAGUAAUAGUUGACGCAGGUUUUAAAAGAAAAAACAAUUCAAACGAAAAGUGACAUUGACGAGAUGAGUGAUAGUACCGAGAUGAACUGAACAUUGAGUUAUGUUAAUAAAUAAAAAUUAUGAUCCGAAAGUAACAUUAAAAUAUAUUUUUCUAAAAAUCAUCUUAUAAAUUUGAGGUGCGUCUUAUAGUCCCAAAAAUACGGUACCUAAGAACGGUCAUUGAAGAUGUCAUAUUUCUUAAAUAUUGAAUCCCUUAUUUAAGUAAAAAUAUUCAGUAAUUACUGUUUCACUAACAAUACUGAUUAUUAAAAUGUGAGCAAUUUUCGACCAAUCCGGUCCUCCUCUAAUUCCCUGGCUUAUGUGUGCCUCUUACUUUUCCACUUACCAUAAAUAUUUGAUUAAACAAGUCACCUCUGAAUCUUUCCUUUAUCCGCCUAUGAUUCGUUGUCGCCAAUCGAGGUAUGAAUUCAGUUUAUCACGUGAAAUUGGAUAAAUUACCAGAUAAGCCCGGUGCAUGUGUUCUGGUUCUAGUGGAUCUCUAGAAUAUACAUCGGCGGCUCCACCUUUUAUUAGACUGAUGUCUUUGGUAUUUUCUAGAAUAUGCAUUCCAAACUGAUACAUUCACCAUUUAUUAGACUAAUGCAUUGUCUGUGGAUGCUUCGUCAUCAUUCUAGUAUGUUAUAGAUAAUAAUACAGUGCAACCUCUUUAAUCGGAACACCUAAUUGUCAGACCUUGUUCGGAUUAUCGAAUUGUUCGGACUAACGAAUAUACAAUAAAACACCUCUUACACAUUUUUAGACCUUUAGAUCAAUGUAUUUAUAUUGAUUUUUGUGCAUUUAAAUGCAUUAUCAAACUACAUAUGGACAACGCUGACCGCGCUGCAGGUCUUUUCCUGUCAGCGUUCGGAUUACAGAAGCGGCGUUCGGACUAUCUCGCAUCACGAUUUGCGUUCGGAUUAGCGUAAUUCGGAUUAUCGAGGUUGCACUGUAAUUAUAUUCUCCCUAAAUUCAUCCCCUUACGAGUGAAUUUUAACCCCAAAAGCUGAGCUUGUCCGGGGAAAAGGACGGCUAUUAUUAUUAUUUGCCGUGGCUCUCCAGGGCGACUUAAAGGUGAGGAAAACCCCACCCACCAGAUCAGUGUAUUCAUUAAAUUUUAGAUGAUGGUUCACGAGAAGAUUGAUAGUGACUACCAUAUGCGUAUCUAUAAAAGGAGUUUCGAAGGUUACUUAUUUCAUUGAAUAUUUUUGGUAAUUGGAAAAGCAGAAGCCGUAAGAGACCCAAAUUGUUGGAUUAUAAUUAACAGUGCUGUCCCUAAAGUGGCGCUGGGAAAUGCGCUAGUUCAGUGUGAUGUCAUUUUGGUUCCACUGAUAUUUAAUUCUAACCAAACUUUUAACGAAAACAUCGAUAAAUUUGACAUAUACGUUUUUACUGUUUUAAGUUUAUUUUUAAUUAUUGUUUACAAGUCAUAAAAAAUAGUUUAAAGGUAUGUAAUUUGUAACUAAACGAUUGUAUAUUUGAUACAUGUUAUCUACUUACUUUAGGAAUAUAUUUAUAAAAGUGAAAAACGAUAUAAUUUAGGUAAACAAAACGCACUCAAAAAAUCUACUGUUACUUUAAUUGUCAGUGGAACCAUAAUUACAUCAUCACUGAACUAGCGCAUAGUAACAAAGCUACACAGAACACGAGGCUAAUGGCCUUAGUAGUCGAUGCCGAUGACAC